AGAUAUCAAAUGAAAUGAAAAAACCUGAUUUGGAUGUAUUGAGAUGAAUAUAUUGAUUGUUUAAUCGAUCAAGCAUUGAUGAUUAAAAAAGAAAAUCAACGAUCAGGCCAUAAAUGAUUAGUAAUCAUAGCAAUAAUAUAUUAGUGUGUCACCUUUGGAAAAGACAUCAUUCUUUAAAAUUUCAAAAAAAUAAUAAAAAAUGUCAUAUCGUCAAUUAAUCAACGGUAAUUCUAUUUUUCGCCAAAAUCUUAUUGAUUCAUUUCGAACUAUAUCAAAUGUUCGUUCACUUUCAUCGAUUCCAAAAACAAAAUUAUUCAUCAAUGGAAAAUUCAUUGAUUCACAAUCAAAUGAAUGGAUCGAUUUACAUGAUCCGGCAACGAAUCAAGUAUUGACGCGUGUACCAAUUUCAACAAGUGAUGAAAUGAAUUCCGCAGUUGAUGCAGCUAGACAGGCAUUUAAAACAUGGUCACAAACAUCGGUGCUCACCCGACAGCAAACAAUGUUUCGGUUACAGAAUAUUAUACAGAAAAAUAGUAAACGUUUAGCGGAAAGCAUUGUUCAGGAACAAGGUAAAACAAUGAAAGAUGCUGAAGGUGAUGUUUUACGUGGUCUUCAAGUGGUCGAACAUGCUUGUAGUGUAACUAGUUUAUUACAAGGUGAAACAAUGCCAUCGAUUAGUCGUGAUAUGGAUACAUAUUCAUAUCGGAUACCGUUGGGUGUUGUUGCCGGUAUUACACCAUUUAAUUUUCCCGCUAUGAUACCAUUGUGGAUCAUUCCAUUGGCAACAGUUUGUGGCAAUACAUGUGUAAUUAAACCAUCAGAACGUGAUCCAGGUGCAUGUAUGUUAUUGAUGGAAAUGUUGGAAGAAGCAGGUAUGCCACCAGGUGUUGUCAAUAUUAUUCAUGGCCAACAUGAUGCCGUCAAUUUUAUUUGCGAUCAUCCGGAUAUUCGUGCCAUAUCGUUUGUCGGUUCUGAUCAGGCCGGAAAAUAUAUCUAUGAACGUGGUUGUCGCAAUGGUAAACGUGUUCAAUCAAAUAUGGGUGCCAAAAAUCAUGGUGUAAUCAUGCCCGAUGCAAAUAAAGAACAUACAUUAAAUCAGCUGGUUGGUGCUGCAUUCGGUGCUGCUGGCCAACGUUGUAUGGCAUUGUCGACGGCCGUAUUUGUUGGACAAUCACGGGAAUGGCUACCAGAAUUGGUUGAACGAGCAAAAAAAUUAAAAGUUAGAAACGGUAUGGAUCCGGAAGCCGAUCUUGGACCAGUCAUAUCACCACAGGCUAAACAACGAAUCUGUUCGCUUGUACAAAGCGGUGUGGAUGAAGGUGCUCAAUUAUUACUUGAUGGUCGUGAAAUUCGUGUGCCAAACUAUGAACAGGGAAAUUUUGUUGGACCUACAAUUUUAUCCGAUGUAAAAACUUCGAUGAAAUGUUAUCGUGAAGAAAUAUUCGGUCCAGUUUUAGUCGUUCUUACCGUUGACACAUUGGACGAAGCAAUCGAAUUAAUUAAUCGUAAUCCAUAUGGAAAUGGUACGGCUAUUUUUACGACAAAUGGUGCAGCAGCAAGAAAAUUUACACAUGAAAUUGAUGUUGGACAAGUUGGUAUUAAUGUACCGAUUCCAGUUCCAUUAUCAAUGUUUUCCUUUACCGGUUCACGUGGAUCAUUUUGGGGUGAUUUAAAUUUUUCUGGAAAAGCUGGAAUCCAAUUUUAUACACAAUGGAAAACGAUAACCCAGUUAUGGCGUGAACAGGAUGCAAGCGGUUUUGUAUCGGCAACAAAUUUCCCAACCAUGAAAUGAAAAAAAAAUAAUAAUUGAAACAAAAAUAAUUCCAAAUAAUUCAGAAUUUUUAAUUUGAAAAAAAAUCUCAAAUCCAUCUGCCCAUAGUAAAGAAAAAAAAAACAUUCAUAGAUUAUAUCCUUGAACUUGAUGGCAAAAAUAAACUUUUAUCGGAAAGAUUUUAUCAUCAACAUGA